CUCGUCACUCCAUGCAAUUUCAUAGUUUCAUGCUGAGGACAUGGUCACACCGUGACGCCACUAGUUUCUGAGCGUCUGUGUGACAAGGGACAAAGUUACGCGUCCUUGGACUGUCUGGCGGUACGAACACCGACGACGCCAAUCCUGCCAUAUUCUGUCCAUGAACUUAGCCUGAACAACUGAAAGCCGUAAUUUACAGGUGACUGGUCCUCCGAAUGUCGUCUCCACCCUCAACUCGCCCCUCAACGUCUUCCAGAGCAAAUCUGCAUGGCUCACAGUCCGUAUAUCCGCCAGGAGGUCUCAUGAUGUCCAGUUCACGUCCCUUCCUCAACAUGAUUAAUCCAAUGAGCCGUACACACCAAGGCUAUUUUCAAGCUAACCAGUUCGUAGUCGAGGAAAAUGAGAGCGAACCCGCCGAGGAAGAUAUAGAAGCAGGCCACGCGACCACAGGAAACAUGUCCAAGAGCACCAAGUCACACGGAAAACACAGAGUAUCGUGGGACGGCCAGAGCUCCGAGAUGAACAUGCUACGGCCUAACAUACGAAAAGAGGACAAAACGUACGAACAGGAAUCGGAUGAUGAUGUCCCUCAGCGCUUCAUGAUAGAGGAUUCCUCGCCGUCUGGCCGCCCCUCUAAAGGCAAAGGCCGCUCACAACCACUUUAUUCCACACCCGCACGAUCGCUUCCACAUGCAACAGCGCCUCCUAUUGAUACUCUACCUAUGCUUUCAAUACCCCCUAGACCGUCAGAACUAGACGUCGACGAACCUCCGCAGACGCCACCACAUCAGCGGCCACAACCAUCACCCAAGCAUAUGCGUGGGUUGGACGACUACGAACGUGCGCUCUGGGACUGGGUCAACGUCUAUAACCUGGACGCAUUUCUGCAGGAGGUGUAUCUGUACUAUGAAGGCAAAGGGAUUUAUUCCAUAGCGUUGGCAAGAGGGCUCAAUCUCCUCACAGUAGGAUUCGUAAUUGGGUUUUCGACAUUCCUACUUGGGUGUGUCGAUUACAGCCGUAUUCGUGAGGAUGCAAUUACUCGGCUGUCGGACGUGGUGGUUGGCCACUGCGUAUCAAAGUUCUCUGGAUUUACGCUACUCUUCUUUCUACUCUUUGCUGCGUUCUAUAUCUGGCAAAUUAUAUCUUUUGUCUUCGAGGUCAUGCGCUUGGUAAACAUGUAUAAAUUCUACACCUACCUCCUACGCGUCCCAGAUGCCGACAUAUCUACCAUCGCCUGGCCCGAAAUCGUGCGCAGGAUAGGCGCAAUACGAGAAGAAAACCCCAUAACAGCCAUAUCUUCAGCGCAUGGCACUAAUGCCGCAACGCCAGCAACUGCUUCUCUCGACGCGCACGAUAUUGCGAAUCGUAUCAUGCGGCAAGAGAACUACCUCAUCGCACUGUUUAAUAAGGACUUGCUUGAUCUUCGCGUGCCACUUCCUCCCAAACUUAAACAAAUGUUGAGGCAAAGUGAUGACGGCAAGGGGCGGACGUUAACGAGGGUGUUGGAGUGGAAUUUGCGGUUUUGUUUGAUGGAGUACCUGUUUGACCCCCAAGGACGCGUCAGGAAGGUGUUCUUGAAGACCAAGAACAGAGCCGUCUUAAUUGAAGGGCUUCGUCGACGCCUCAUCUUUAUGGGUAUCUUGAACGCUAUCUUUGCACCAUUUAUUUUCCUCUACAUGAUCAUGUAUUCAUUCUUCCGCUAUUUCGAUGAAUACCACAAAAAUCCGUCAUCAAUUGGCAGUCGGCGCUACACACCCUUUGCGCAGUGGAAGUUUCGCGAGUUCAAUGAGCUCUCGCAUCUCUUCACGCGGCGGUUAGAUGAGUCACAUCCCCUAGCGAGCAUGUACAUUGGCCAAUUUCCCAACGAGAAGAUGACCAUCAUCAUGCGGUUCGUUCAUGACUUCUCUUUCAUUGACUGCACUGAUCACCUGUUUAGUUUCGUGGCUUUUAUUGCCGGGUCCUUCGCAGCGGUGCUCGUGCUCGCAUCUGUCAUCGAUCCCGAUUUGGUCUUGCACUUUGAGAUCACGCCGCAUAGGACUGUCUUAUUUUAUGUUGGUAUCUUUGGGGCCGUGCUUGCCGUCGCGAGAGGGAUGAUACCAGAGGAUAACAGGGUGUUCGAUCCUGAGCUGCUCAUGACGGAGGUCAUCCAAUAUACGCAUUACAUGCCAGAUGAAUGGAAGGAGGAGCUACAUUCCAAGAAGGUUCACCAAGAAUUUGGAGAGCUGUUUGCGAUGAAGAUACCCAUUUUCGUACAAGAGAUCGUCUCAGUCUUGACGACACCAUUCAUACUCUGGUUUUCAUUGCCAUCAUGUGCACCCGCUAUCGUUGACUUUUUCCAUGACUUUACUGUCUGGAUACCUGGGAGAGGGUAUAUAUGCAGCUUUGCCGAGUUCGAUUUCAAGAGGCACGGCAAUGUCAGGUUUGGAGCUCCUGCGCAGAACCAAGACGAGCGCAUGAUGUCUCGAGAGGGCAAGAUGGAAAAGAGUUUUUUGAACUUCAAGUCCGCAUUUCUCACGACUAUUCUUGUCAUCCAGGCAGCAAACCCCGACUGGAAUCCAUCAGAUCCCUCUGGUUCCCUGUAUCUCAGCCGCAUCGCCGACCUCAGUGCACGGCGCAGACUUUCCGCUUCAAGAACUGCAUUAGAUAAUACUAUCCUGCUGAACGAUGGCAACAAGGACCCCACGGAGCGUGCUCACGAAUACGACCGCGCUCUUCGGCAGAGUCAACAUGCUGCCCUCCGGCGAAGACUCCAGCUAGGUGGGGGCAACAUCGUCGCAGGUGGAGGCGGUAUCGCUUCUUCGACCAUAUGGCAGUCGGCCAUCGGCUCGAAUUCAGCUAUGGGCAUGGCGCAGACCGCGGUACUAGGCGACUCUCAGGGAAGUAUUGCACCUCUGCCUCCGCCGAUACGGAAUGAGGAUAGGAAUUUAGAUGAUGGUGUUGGUAGUGGACUGGGCGAUUCGUACGUUGAUGGGAACACUCAGGGCAAGAAGCCGUACGAGUCACAGGAGGAAGGGAUCAAUGACGAAGAGGAGUUGGAGGACGGUGGGGUACUUGGGCUGCUGGCGCAGAUAUAUGCCGCGAAGGGCCCUAAACAUGUUCCUGUUAUCUCAUGA